GGAUAUGAGCAACAAUUUAUUCUCUGGAGAACUUCCAGACUCAUGGUUUGUGCUCAGCAGCCUCAAAACCUUGAACCUCUCUCGCAGUAUUCUGGGUGGCAGCAUGCCGGGGAUGUGGACUUCACUCACCAGCCUCACUGCUCUCAACGUCAGCCGCAACCAACUCAAAGGAUCAAUUUCAGAAGAGCUCGCAGGCGCCACUUCUCUUCAAGUGCUCUUGAUGGCAACUUCGAGGAUUUGCCAUCUUUCUAUUUUAAUGAUAUCAGAUACCUGGACCUCUCAUACAACGAGUUUGAAAGUGCAGUUCCAUGGCACGUCACACUGAUGUCACGCUUAGAACAUCUUGACCUCAGAGGCAACACAAUUGUGGUGCCCCUACCUGACGCCAUCUCAAACCUGCAAUCUCUCUCAUUCCU